AUGUCCACGUACUACGAUGAUGAUUUCGAUGACUAUUACCAUGAAGGAAUAGAUAAUAUCCCACAUAUGAUGGACCAAGGUUUCUACGUUGAUGUAUCUGACGAUGACUAUACCAUGGUUCUGCCUCGUCCAAAACAAAAGGUUCCUAGACAGCGAUUCCAACGCCCAAGAUGUAGAGUGCCUAGACAUGAAGAGAGUUACACAUAUGUCUCGGACUCCGACGAAACUAAUUACCGGGCAGGCGAUGGCCACCAUGCCAUCAGGCGGUCCCGACACAGAGAUCACUAUCGUGGCCGACGAUCAGGUCACAGUCGGAGCAGAGGUUCUAGCCGUUACGAAAUUCACCACCAUCACCAUUACUACUGUUCCCAACACGAGAGCUCUGGGUCCAAUGGUCAUUUGACACAGUCAAACAAUGUUCUUCAAAUAGAGACCCAACCGUAUCAAGGCCAGAUAACUGCAGGGGUAGGAGGAGGAGCUCUCAUGGCACUUAAUCGACCGGCAAUUGCUGCACCUGCUCGGGUUUUACCUUCAGCCAUCAUCCCGACUACAGCUGGACCCCAAUGCGCGUGUGAGUGUUGCCAUACAUCUCGUGCCCAUCAGGUAGAUGCGUUGAAUACGGUAAGGGGGCCGCAGCUCUUGGGCCAGGGAACUGUGUUGCCAGCUGGACAGCUAUCGGGGCCUUUUACCCGCCCAGUCCAGAUUCCUAGGCUGUUGCAGUAA